UGAUCAGAAGGUAGCAUUAAUAAACGUAAAAUUAAAAGGAAAAAAAUAAAAUUUGUUAUCUUAAAUAAGAAAUGAAAAAUGAUAAUUUCAAUGGAAAAAACAGAAGCAAAGUAGCCGGCCGCUUGCGGCCGGCCACUCCGCCAUUUUACUUAAAACUUCCCAUCACUUAUGAAAUGUUAUCCUGAAAUAUAUUUUUUUUGUUUUUACACUUAAUAUUAAAAUGAAAUUCUUUUUUUUAAGCUCUCAAGAAAUUGAAUUUGCGAUUGAUCCUUGCUCUAGCAGCCAAUCCAGUUUAGCAAAUAAUUCACAUUUGUAUGCCUCUGAAGAGUUCCCACACGUAGCUACUCCGAAGAUAACUAAUUUGUAAAUGAAUUUUUUUCUACUUUAAUUUUAAUACUAAACAAAACUUUUCAGUUUUAGUAUAAAAAUAAAUUAAAUUUUUAAAGAUAUAAAGGAAAAAAUUGUACGGUUACUGUUGGUCUAAAAGAUGGUACUAGUUCAGGCAAAAAAUCAAUGAAUCAGUCACAACUCAUAGAUCCAUUGUUCAAUUCCAAUCUUUUUAACAACAGCAACAAAGCAGAAACUUUUUUGGAUUUACCAGUUAUUAAUAUUACUAGUGAAAGUAAUGAUAAAUAUGGAAAAAUUUUGAGAAAGCUACAAGUUGUCGAAACACAAAACUAUAAACUUAUAAAUAAAUGUGAAGAAAUUUCUAAUCAAAAUAAUGAAAUUCUCCAAAUUUUGAGGACACGUUUUAAUACAGAUCAACUCACGAAUAAACUGUAUCAAAAAUUAGACGGCUUUCCGAUUAAUUCAACAGAGCAAUUCCGUCAUUUAAAUGAUGAAAAAAAUAAAGUAGAACGUUAAAAACUACAUGACCAUUUAGUCCAGAUGGGCGGCUCUAGCUUAAAGGAAUUUCUAAGCAUGGCCCUCAGACAGAUAAUGACAGACGAGCUUGUAUUAAAUUAUACCUGGCAUAAACAGAAGGAGACCAACAAAAUUGGUGGCACUAGAGUAUCCAAUAUUUUGUACCAAGCUGCUAUUAACUGUACUUUUUUUGCCGGACCUGAUAAUAAGACAGAGUAUAAGCAAACAAUGUUAACAGUAUUUAAAGUUACCAAGCAAAGGUGCCGCAAAAAGUUAAAAAAGAGUACGGGCGAAAAGGGAAAAGAGAACCUUGAAAAACAAAUGGAUGAUGCGAUUGCAAAUAUAGCUGCUCUCUUGGAAUCAGAUCACGAAUUAAGCGGUUCUGAAGCCCAUGUGGAAGAUGUAGGAGAUGAUUCGUCAUCAGAUGUAGAAGACGAAAAUUUCAGAUAAUUUUAAGAACUGCUGAUCUUUUCUAUUUUAUAUAUACUCUUUUAAAUUUAAGUGUUACUUGCCUGACUUUCAUCUUCGAAUCGUUUAAUUCUCUACUCAAAGUUCUGUAAAAAUGCUUAUCAAUAAAUUAUUUAAAAUUUGAGUCUACUUUACCUCUAAAAAAUAUAAAUAACCAGUAUUAUACGGUAUUUUUAAAAUAUUACUUAAAUUUACGUUGCUUCUGAAUUGAGUUCAGAUUUCAUUGAAAUUUAAUUUUCACAUUGUAUAAUCUACUCGUUGCUGGGUUGUGAAAAAAUGUGUUAAUGUUAUUUGAAAUUCGUGUAUUACUCACCUGACUUUUUGUCUCAAGUCAUUUAAUUUUCUAAUCGCUAGUAUUUUGUUUGGCGGAAUAACACAGCCCCACAAAAAAAAGUGUCGUGCGCGGCAGACCAGACUAGUCAUU